GACCUUGGGAGCAGCGUUACAGUUGAUAGCAUACAAGUUACUGCCAUUGGUUUCUGUUUGUUGCGUAGGCUGCGAAAAUUAUCAACUGAAGUGGUAUAAUAAUUGCUUCUAAUGCUCAAGAGCACUCCAAAUGGAAUCUCUAAGUUCUGUUUCCAAGUUGUGGUGCCUGUUUCUCAUGCGAGUGACACUGAGUGACCAGACUUUCCUCUCUGUCUGAAGGUUUAUUGUCUGCUUUCUGCUGCAGGAGCACUAGUGCUUAUUCCAAAUUAUCAUGUCGGUUGAUGACGGUAACGUCCAGGCUGUUGAUGCUGAGGCUGCUCUAGACUCCCUAUCUGAUCAGUCUCCUUCUGGUCGAGGUCGAAGUCAUAGUACCGGUUGUGUUUCAAGACCAUUGAAUGCAGUUUGUGAUCAAGAAUCAGAUCCAACCCACUAUCGUACUGCUGUUAAACCAUGCCUAGUUCUACGACCAUCUAGUUCAGCUGGUCCUAGACCACCUACAACAAAUAAUCAUCAUUUAAAAUUCUCUAGUUCUAGUGGAUUUCAACAGCCGACAGUUUGUGAGAUUUCUUCAUGUGAAUCAAAUACAGCCUGUUCAAGUGAGACAAUUACGCAUAACGUCAAUAAAGUUGUCUAUUCCAAGUGUAAACCGGUUAGUUUCUCUUCACCACCAUCUUCGAUAAGCUGUGCACCAUCUGCAAGUGUUGUAUUAGGCGCAAGGCGUAGACAUUCACAUAUGGAAUUCUUGGAUAAGCGUGGAAGUCAAUCUCGUAGUCCCCCACCGUCAGUUGAUGCUAUCAAUGCUAUGAAUAAUAAUAUCAUCCAUAGUCUAUUGAUGAAUAAUUGUAAUGGUGGAAAUAAUCUCAACGACCAGAUGGUGAACACUAAUCAUCAUCACGAUGAUGGUGAUAUGAUUAGCCCACCUGAUUCCCCUGCACCACCUUUAGCUCAAGCUGUUGUCGCUGCUCUACGCCAUCAUCACCAUCAACAUCAGCAACAUAGUCUGUUAAGAUCAAUAACGAAUACAUCGACUGCUUCAUCAUCGCAUUUCUCGCCUAGUUAUCUAUCUGAUGAAGAAAAUCCCCAUGAUGAUGAUGACGAUGAGGAUGACGACGAUGAUGUAGAAGGCGAAGCUGAUGAAGAAGAGGAUGAUGAAGAUGAAGUAGGGGAAGACGAGGAGGGGGAGGAACAGGAGGAAGGUAUUGAAGACGAAGGUCGAGCUGAUGAAGAUAUUCAUGUUGACGGAGGAGAGUAUAAUAAUAAUAAUGUUGAAGAUGAUCAUGGUAGUAAAUGCCAACGUCGUCAUCAACAGCAACACGAAGAAGGAGAAGGAGCAGAAGAAGAAGUAGUGGAUGAAGUGGAUGGUGAAAGUGGAUAUGGUGCGUCGUGUUCCUCAUCGUCUGUUAAACUCAAUCAUACUUGUAACAAAAACAAUAAUAUUAGGAAUAAGAAGAACAAUAGUACUACCGCGACUACAACAGUAAUUAACAAUAAUAAUACCAGUAAACGUGAUAAAAGACGUCGUCGGAAUCGAUUUCAUCAUCAUCACCAUCACAACCAUGAUCAUCAACGACGAACAAAUAGUAGUAUGGCUACAGAUACAACGGAUCAUUUAUCAAUUAUUGAUGAUGACGCCGACGAUGUUGACGGUGUUGAUCAUCAUCAUCAUCGAUCAAGGAAUCCAUCAAUAAAUUUUACUAAUUGGACAAAUGAAAGUAUUAAGCCUACUAGUAGUAUAACACGACAUAAACGAAAUCGUGUACGAAUUUUAGAUAAUUCUUGUAAUAAUCCAUUGACAACAAGUACUACUACAAUAACAACACCAUCAUCGACAGCGACACAAAAUCUACAAAGACAAAUAGCGAUUGAUCGAUCCUGUGUCAGUUGUAAUGGUAGUACAUCAUCCGCUUUGUUGUACAAUAAUAAUUUAAAUCAACACUGUCAUCACUGCAUUCAACAUGACCAUACCCAUGCUGCUGCCUAUCAUCAACAUCGCCAUUCAACGACAAAUGAUAAUGAGACAUUAGAUUAUAAUAAUAAUAAUAAUAGUAAUCGAAGUUCACUCAUCUCAAAUCAUCGUUAUUCUACAUCUUCAUCGUGUAAUUGUUGUUCUGGAGUAGCAGAUUUUAAGUGUAGGUAUUCAUUAAUCGAUAUCCCACCAAGUGAUUUAAUCAAUAACAACACAGCAGCAUUAUCAGAGGUGAUGACACCGUCAUCAUUACCUAUGAAUAAUAUUAAUAGUAAUGAUAAUGAGGAGACAGAAGGUCACGAAGGCGAAGAUGUUGCUGAUGGUGAUGAAGGACAAAGAAGAGUCAGUAUUAUGAGUGAUAGUCAUGUUAUGAUGAUGAAUUGUCUUCUAUCUGAUAAUCUUACCACAUCAUCUACUACUACCCCUACCCCUACCAAUACCACAACUUCAGUUAGAACAAUUCAUUCUUCUAAUCGAAACACUUCCAAUGGAUUACAGUGUAUACGAUCUAGCAUUCCAUGUGGAUUUCCUGUUUAUCCUAAUUAUCAUGAGAAUAAUAAUAAUAAUUGCCAGAAUUUCACUACACCACAGUCUGGUCGACGGUCAUCUGCUAUUAGUGCUUAUCAUCAAACAUCCUCUGGAAUAACAACAACAACAACAGGAAGCGGAGGGGGAGUAGGAGGUUCAUCUAUCUCUGAUCAAAUGCAUAAAGCUAAUCAUUUGUUACAUCAUACGAAUCGUGUAACUAAUAAUAAUGUUUAUUGUGAUUCUCCACCUGAGUCAUGUUCAAGUUCAGUUCGAUUGAAUUACCAAUCAGAUCAUUACUAUGGCGGUGGGAAUGGGGGUGGUAGUGGAAUAUCUCAUGGACAUAAUAAUAAUACUACUAAUAAUAGCAUAACUGGUGGUUGUUGUAGUUUAAUAAAUUCUGCUCGAGGAGGAGCAGGAGAAUAUUAUGAUGAUACUGGUUUCGAUUUCACAUUAUCCUCAUCGCCUCCUCCGCCAUCACAACCUAACGGUUUGUCUGCAUCUCUUCCAUCAGGAGGAGGACCAACAGUGUCAUCUUGUCAAUCAAAAUUAUUCUAUCCACGUCCUAUGCAUAACAGUGUUGUCGGGGGUUGUCAUCACCAUCAUCAUCAACAGCAGCAAACACUUGAUAGUCAUCAUUAUCAUACUGGAAGUCAACAACAACAAAAUGGUGGAGGAGGUUUAUUUCAGUCAACAAAUAUUGAACAACGACGUUAUUCGUUAUCAUCAUUACCAUUUUGUGAAGUGAAUUUGGCAUCACCUAUCAAUAGUAGUACAAGACAGUCAUCUAAUGGACCAUUGAAUCGUCGACGUGUUAGCCUUCUUGUCGAUGGUGUACGCUUUUUAAUCGACUUGGAUUUACUACAAGCACAUCCAAAUACAAUGCUUGGUCGUAUGUUUAAUUCACAAUUUUUAGAAACAAAAUAUUUAUAUGAUUAUCAGUCAGGUCCUGUCUGCGGGACUGGUGGUGGCGGAAGCAGUAGUUAUUGUCAGUCGACAUCAAUUGAAAGUAGUCCACCAAGUGAUCGAAAAUCUUCUGCCGCUGCUACUACUCCUGCAACAACAAAUCAUUCCUCGUCUUCAUUGUCGACAGUUCAUCGUCACCAACACCAUCCUCAGCAUCAGCAUCAUCGUGGCCAUCACAGUUAUAAUAAUAAUAAUACUGCUGCUUAUCAACUUCAUCAUCCCCCGGAUAUAUCAAUUGCUCAAGACUCGAAUAUAUCAGCUCAAGUAUUUCGUACCCUACUCGAUUAUUAUUUAAUUGGUCGUAUGUCCUGCCCGCCAGGUGUAUCAGUACAAGAAUUAAAAGAAGCCUGUGAUUACUUCCUAAUACCAUUUAAUCAACAAACUGUACAUUGUGAAAAUUUACGUGCAUUUCUUCACGAAUUAUCAAAUGAUGGUGCACAUAUUAUAUUUGGACAAUUUCUUGAAACUCAUAUACUCAAUUUGUUGAUUAAAUGUACACAACUAGGUGAACGUGAAUGUCAUAUUGUCAUUGUAACCGAUGAUGAAAUUAUCGAUUGGGAUCCGGAAUAUCCACCACAAAUGCCAGAGAAUGAAUUAAAUUCACAUAUUAUCUAUAAUACACAAAUGUUUCGUUUUUUAAAGUAUAUCGAGAAUCGUGAAGUGGCUAAACAAGUUCUGUUGGAGCGUAGUCUGAAAAAAAUACGUAUUGGUAUUGAAGGUUAUCCAACGUGUAAAGAUCGAGUGAAAUUUCGUCCUGGUGGUCGACCUGAAGCUAUUUAUAAUUAUGUCCAGUGUCCAUUUCUAAGAAUGUCAUGGGAAGAAGAGGAGAAUAAGUCAAGACAUGUUGAUUUUCAGUGUGUGAAGAGUAAAUCGGUGAGUGAUUUGACAAGUGGAUUAGAACAAGCUGUUAUCGAUCCGCUGCCACCGCAUUUAGCUGCUCAUUCAAAUUUCAAUGGACAAUCACGAUCAUCUGGAACAGAUCCUCUGGUGACUGCUGCUGCCGGUGCGGGUGGUGUUGGGGGUGGCACCAAUGUGUCUUCUUCAUUAGGCGUAGAAACUCAAACUACUCAUCAUACACUUGAGCAGAGUAUGACUGAUGAUACUGUUUCAAAUACAAUUGAUGACAUUUCAUCUAGUAGGCAUAAUAAUACUUUAUUAAACACCCAUGAGAUCAAUGAGGAGGAUAACAGUAAUAAUAAUGAAGAUUCAGUCUACUUGACUCAUCAAUUACCACCGACCUUAUCAAACCUAUCGAUUGUCACUUCUGAGCUAGGAUCAAAUUCAGAUGAACCAGAUUCAGCUACGCCAUUGUAUAAUGCUUCAACAACAGAUCCUGUUUCACCGACAUCAACACCAUCAAUUAGUUGACCUCUUUAUUGUAUACAGAAUUUGUGUGUCACACAAAUACACACACACACAGAGUUUCCUUUGAACUAGUUGCAUAUGCUUUUCUUUUGAUAUAUAAUAAUCAGGGAUUCUUGUGAAUGAGAGACUAUGAGUGCUUUCUGUGUGUUUCAGUGUGACAUACACGCCAAGUCAAGCUUAAGCGAAGCGAACAGCCAUUUAUCUCUUGUAUGCAGAUCCAUACACAAAUACACAAACAUACAUAGAAAUCACAUGUUGUAAAUGCAAAUGUAAUGACCCCACUCCACCCCACCCCUAUCCAAAAUUGUAAUUGUAAUCGGCUGUGAUUAUGGAAACAGUUUCCUUCUGGUAUCUACCCCAACUACGUAUGUAUAUGUAUAUAUAUAUAUAUAUAUAUAUAUAUAUAUAUGCGAGUGUGCGUAUGUACCUAUUGUCUUUUUGGCAACCUUCUAUAAAAAUCAAUGAAGGACUGACAACUGCUCGAUUGGAUGCUGUUCAAAUGCCUGAUUAUCUGACGUUGACAACUAAGUAGUGCUGUAUUACUAUUAUUGUUACUGUGUAUUGUAAAGAUUAGAACUUUUCUUUUGAUCUGUGUUUACCGUGAUGUUUGAACUGUUUCUUUUUCUUUUUUACAAAAUUUGGUUUGAAUAAUGUACUCAAGACGCCCCUCACACAUACACACACACACCUUGCUGUCGUGUGUGUGCGUGCGUGCGCGCGUCUAUAGGACUCCAUUGACUGCAGUUCACUUAUAUCUUGGCUAAUCAGCCAUGUUGAUAGGCAGACAGACGUAGAAACAAAAACAUCCCACAGGAACAUAAAAACGUGCUGCAUAAACCAACCAAACCUUCUUUUUUUCUAUAUUUCGUUUAUAUUAGGUUUCAUUAAUAUAUGUGUGUAAAUUUCCCUUCCCCUCCUGUUUGUCUCAUGGUGUUCUCAAAUGAAAAUAAAUACAAAACAAAUACUGUUUUUUUAGUACUAUAAUUAUUGUUAUUAUUAGUAUGCCUACCUCUUUCUUAUCUUCAAUUUCUCAAGGUGUGAUUUGGUUAUUCUAUACUACUGAAUAAUAGUAAUAGUAAUGUAUAUUUUGAAUCCUUUUGUUUAAUUUUAAUGCCCACAUUCAUCCAUUUAUCCAUACAUACAUACAUAUAUGACGGUUACUCACUGCUUGUGUGUGGUCUGUGUUGGCAUGUAUAUAGGAUAAUAGUAUAGCUCUUGUUCCUUUUCCACCCUUUUCUUAAAUACACAUACACACUGACAGACAAGAACAAAAUCUUUUGGCUUUUUUUUGCUCCAUUCAAUGUAAUUAACUGUAUCUAUGUUGGUGUGUGUUUCUCUGUGUGUGUGUGUGUAUGUAGGUAUGUGUUUUAUAUCUAUUGUCCUUAAUUAAACUUUAUUGCUUAAAAAAUAAAUCUUACAAAUUUG